AUGGCCUUCCUCUUUAAAUCGAAGAAGAAUCAACAAAACUCCACCCUACCUCCUGCGACGAGAAAUGUUCAUACUUCCGAGGGCCCGCUACCACAUGCACCGGCAGCUACCCCCAAUGGAACGAAGGAACGGGAGGGAGGAAACCCUCAAUCACCGACCCCUAGUAGCAGUUACAAUAACUCCUUAAACUCGGUGAAUAGCACAAGUAGCCCGGAUCAGCAACGGAUGCGACAAAGAGCCGAAUCGGAGUCGCAGACACAGCGACCGCAGCAGGCCGUGAAUACCAAUUCCCCAAAUAGUAAUCCUGGUGCAUCGCUUUACCCAUGGUCUCAGCGUCGCCUGAAUUUCUCUGCACCCCAAGCAAACCCCUUUCCACGAUAUGGCGCCGCGAUCAAUGCGGUCGCCUCAAAAGAAGGCGAUAUUUAUAUGAUGGGCGGGUUGAUAGAUGGUUCAACUGUCAAGGGUGAUCUCUGGAUGAUCGAGAGCAGUGGCGGAAAUCUAUCCUGCUUCCCGAUUGCAACUUUGUCGGAGGGCCCAGGGCCCAGAGUCGGGCAUGCAAGUUUACUGGUUGGCAACGCAUUUAUCGUGUUCGGUGGCGAUACGAAAGUUGAUGAAAAUGACACAUUGGAUGACACACUCUAUCUCCUGAAUACUUCUUCUCGGCAGUGGUCGCGCUCUAUACCACCAGGUCCCCGUCCUUCUGGCCGCUACGGGCAUACCUUGAAUAUUUUGGGCUCCAGGCUCUAUGUUUUCGGUGGACAGGUUGAAGGUUAUUUUUUUAAUGACUUAGUCGCCUUUGACCUCAACCAACUUUCAAAUCCUACCAAUAAAUGGGAAUUUUUGAUUCAAAACAGCCAUCAAGGCGGGCCGCCCCCUGGCCAGAUACCCCCGGCCAGAACCAAUCAUACGAUUGUUAGUUUCAAUGACAGGUUGUACUUAUUUGGAGGAACGAACGGCUUGCAGUGGUUUAACGACGUCUGGACGUAUGAUCCGCGUGCCAAUCAGUGGACUCAACUGGACUGCGUUGGAUUCAUUCCAACCCCUCGAGAAGGUCACGCGGCGGCUCUUGUCAACGAUGUCAUGUAUAUAUUCGGUGGUCGCACUGAUGAAGGUAUUGACCUUGGGGACCUAGCUGCUUUCCGCAUCACCACCCGAAGAUGGUAUUCUUUCCAGAAUAUGGGACCCGCCCCUUCUCCUAGGUCAGGUCAUAGCAUGACGGCUUUUGGAAAGCAAAUUAUUGUCAUGGCUGGUGAACCGAGCUCUGCACCGAGGGAUUCUGUAGAGCUUAGCAUGGCUUACGUCCUCGAUACGGCCAAGAUCCGCUAUCCAACAGAUGCCCAAAAUGGAGAAAGAGUGCCGCCUCUGGGGGUAAGAAAAGGGAGCGCGGACAAACCUGGACCACUGACUGGUCGGACGUCUCGCGAGGCUCAGAACCAACCUACAGACCUACAGCAGCGACGGCCGGGGCCGUCGCGUGAAAGUAUGAUAAGCCCGACUGGCCGACCAGCGGAAUUUGGCCCCAGUCCUGGGCCAGGUUCAAGACUCCCGAGGGCCUCCAUAGCACAGGCCCCAUCUGGACCUCCUCCACCGGGCCAAGCGCCCACGCCUGGUCCUCGAGGGAAUGCAUCCCCACAUGCCGUGAAUCCUCGAAGCAAAACCCCUACAAAGUUAGACCGGGGAUUUGGAGGCCCGCCUGUGGACACGGUCCGAGCCGUUACAACUGAACGGGACAGAGAGUCACCAAGAGAGUCUCCAAAGGACCCACGAUCUAUCCCUGAGCCCGGCGCUUACCCCGCUGGCCAUCGUACUCCCACUCAACAACAACCGAGGAUGUCUGCUAGGGCUAUGGAGGCUGGCGAGGCCGCCCCUUUGAUGAGUGCGCCAGCCCGACAGCGUUCUCUGCGACAACAGCGGCAGCGGGGCUCUAUGGAUAGUGCAGAUGAAUCUAUUCUGGGCCGCCACGCCAGUAUUGAUGGAUCUGUCGAGUCACGAGGCCACAGAAACUCCAAAACCCUCAAUGACGAGCCACGAUCUCCACGGCUGACAGCGCAUCAAGAAGCCUUGAUAAAGGAGCUUGAAUCCGUGAAAAAUCGCAAUGCAUGGUACGCUUCCGAGCUUGCAUUGGCCAAGAAGGCUGGCUACUCACCCAACGCCCCCAAUAAUUCCGCUUUGGGUGACCAUACAGCGGAUACGUUUGCCGAUGAAGAUCGCCCCUUAAUCGAGGCUUUUCUUGCCAUGAGAGCAGAACUUGCAAAGAUGCAAGCCACUGUGGACCGACAAGCAGCCAUAGCGUCGAAGCGCGUCGCUGAGGUUGAGCAUCAAAGAGAUGUAGCUGUCAAUGAGGCGGCUUAUUCUCGUGCAAAACUUGCUGCUCACGGUGGUAGCCAACGAGGCACUCCCCAACCCGAUGGGCGUUCUCAAGAUCCCGGUGAUACCAUCUCUGAGCGCGGCACUGAUAUUAGCAGAAGGCUCGCGCUUGCCCUCGCAUCUCAUAACGAGGCCAAAUCCAAGCUUGAGGUUCUUACGUCUGAACUUGAACAGGAGAAACGUGGUAGGGAAUUAGCGGAAGAGACGUGCGAGGCGACGAGGAGAAGACUAGCCGAACUCGAAAUGCAAAACAACGCCAUAGAAAUAGAGAGCUUGCGCGCCCAGCUGCACCAAGCGGAGGCUUCUGUGAGGGAAGAAUCUAUGCUAAGAGCUGAGGCUGAGUCCACAUUGAAGCAAUUGAACUUGGAUAAGGAGGAAUUGUUGAAGAAGCUUGAAGAGUCUUCUGUCCACCUGGGUGACCUCGGUACUAAUCUUGGCACACUCCGGGAGGCAGUGGCAGCAUCUUCCGAUAAAUCCGCUCUUCUCGAAAGACAGCUAGAGGAGGAACGGGAGCGCCGAGGGGGGCUAGAGAAAAAGUUACUGCAACUGAGAUCGGAGCACGAAGAGCAAAUGUCUGAGUUUGAGAAUAUCACCCGUCGCCUACGAGAUGCCGAAGCCCUAGCUGAAAGUAGCGCCAAAGAAGCCGAGACCCAUAAAAUUGCAUUUUUGUCCGGACUUGAUCGAGCAUCAUCAUUUGAUUCCGACACGUCUAUGCGGUCUCUUGCCGACCAACGAGUAUCUGCACUGGAGGCUCAGGUGGAACGGGCUAACAGUUUGGCGAAGGCCAGUCACACGGCGGCGGACGACGCAGCCGAUAAGCUCCGACGUGCGGAGGAGAGAAUUGCAGGUCUGGAAGCAUACCAGGAGCAGGCCAGUAGGGAAGGUUUGCAGCUCCGCAGGCAACUUCAAGCAGCCAUGAAAGAGAAUCAGUCGCAUGCCGCCGACAAUAGGGAGCUCAAGGCCCAGCUUGAAAACCGACAGCGCGAAGCAGGAGCCUUGGCUAUUCAGCAUGCCGCUCUUAAGGAUCUUCUUGGCGAGCGUGGUGUUAGCUAUCCGGAUAGCAGACGUUCGCCUCGGCUGGAGUCACCUGGAUCUCGAUUCGGGACUCCUGAGCAAGGUCGGCUGCGAGAGCUUGAGCAGCAACUUUCGACUAGCAUCAAGGCCCAUGAUGAACUGAAAGCAUCAUUCGAAACUCGCGAGCAGGAAGCCGAUCGUGCCUAUAGAGAGAAGCUGGAGCAGUUAGAGAACGACUACCAGUCCGCUGUCCAUUACGUCAAGGGUACCGAGAAGAUGUUAAAACGCAUGAAGGACGAACUUGGUCGAUACAAAGCCCAGAAUGCAAAGAUGCAAAGCGAGUUGGAAGUUGUACAAACUGAACUUUCAAAGGGUGCUGCAGAAGUGCCGUCUGACUGGGAAGCUGAACGCCUACGACUCCAAAAGACGGUUGAUGACCUACAACAGGAGACAUCUUCUUCGAUUGCAGGUCUUGAGGAUCAGAUCAACCGCUUGAGGGCGGAUCUUUCUGCCGCUGAAUCCGAGAAGAACAAAUCCCAAACGGAGUUUGAGAGUAUGAGAGAGGAGCUCGUCGAAGCUGCGGAGAAGAGCCGAACGGAAUUGGAACAGCUCAAGCAUGAGAACUCCUUGCUUGAAGCUCGUGCGUCGGAUGCCGAACAAAAGGUCACUAUGCUUUUGGACCAGGUUGAGGCGUCGGUUGGGCAUUACCGCCGACAGUCCCAGCCCGGUCAAAGUAUCAAUGGCAUCUCCCGCACGCACAGUAAUGCUUCCAGCAAUACCGUCGGUGGGGCAGGUGGACGAUCAAGGGCCAAUAGUGCCUUGUCACAAGACGAGCCGUUUCCGGACAACCGUGGUUCUAUGGCCCUCGACUCCCUAGCUAAUGAGCUAGAGGCACUGCGCAGCCACUGGGAGAGCACCAACCGUAACUACCGGCUGAGCACUCAAUCCGAUUUCGAUCGGACACCCACCAAGGACACAGGACUCAGCGAUAGCUUAGCGGAAUGGAGGCGACGAUUGGAUGAAGAAGAAGAAGUGAGGGCUAGUUCUCCAGAAAAGAGCAAGCCUCGGAAUGCUGGCGAGGCGCAAGCAACGGCAAACAUGAUAUGA